AUGGACUUUGGGGGAGAUUGUGAACGAAACGCGACGGAUAGAAUGAUUUUCAAAAGGGAGUUUUGUUUAGAUUUUGACGGGUAUCAUAAGGGUGGUUUAAACAUGUCUCUACAGUCAUUAUUCGUCGAAUUGGAUCCAGAAAAACAGUCGAACCCCUCCACCCCGACCAAACAGCUUCACCAAAACCAUGAGAAACAACCAAUACAAGCCCAAAGUUCGAUUCCCCUACUCCUUGCCAAAGUCUCCAGAAACAAACUGAAAACCGAGUUUGUAUCUACGAUUUAUUGGUGUAUAAAUGGGAGUAUUACAGGGAGUAAUACUGGGAAAAGGAGAUGUAUAAUUGUGGACGUUGUAGUACUUUCAGAAACUAGCAGAACAUAUUAUUAUGAUCCCCUUGACCGGCCCUCUCAUUUUCACUACUUUUUAUUUCCUCCACCUUCACUCCCUCAUCCCAAAAUGAAGAUUACUUCCGCGUGCUCCUAUUAG